AUGGCUCAGCCUUCUACACCCAGCGGUACAUCACACUCCAUCUUCGGUUCUGCUUCUUCUCCUACCAAUACGAAUCAACUUUCGGGGGCUCCCCCUUUGGCUCCAGGUUCUACGGCUUUUUCCAGCAAUACUUUCCUCAUGCCCAAUUCACCUGUGAAGAAUAGGCUGGGUAUGGAUGGGUAUAGGCCCAAGGUUACGAGAACUCUUGGCCAGCGCCCAGCCUGCCUUGUCAAUGCCUCUGUCACAUUCUGCGGAAAUAAUCAGAUAUAUGCCUUUGGUGGUUUCGAUCAAUACACCGAUGAGGUCUACAACCAUGUUUUGAGACUUGAUCUAGUUAGUCACCAAUGGAAUUUGGUUGACAAUUAUGGUGAUAUUCCAGGUGUACGAAUGGGUCAUACCGCUACACUUUACCAGGGCGAGAAAUUACUUAUAUUUGGUGGAGAAAAUGAACAUCGUACCUACCUCUCCGACCUCAUCAUUUUCGACCUCAAGACCGCACACUGGACACAACCAACUGUCUCAGGACCUAUACCGAAAGGAAGAGCGAGGCAUGCUGCUGUUUUACACGAGGACAAAUUGUUCAUCAUUGGUGGUAUCACCGGUCACAACAAUUAUGUCUUGGAUGAUAUAUGCUACCUCGAUUUAAAAACUUUCACUUGGUCUCGGGCAUGGCGUUUUGUUGGACGAUUUGAUCACUCAGCAUAUCUAUGGGGAGACAGAGUAUGGGUUUUCGGGGGUCUUAGCGAGGAUAUGGAUAAAAUCGGUGAUAUAUGGUGGUUGGAUUUUAAGGGUAGCCCGGCCUUUGAAUCGGCACCAUCGUAUGGCUCUAUGGACAGGCAUGCAGCCCUUAGUCGAUCUCCUCGACCUUCCUUUUCCAUGUCUCAAUCAGCUGUAGGCAGCUCAGGAUAUGCCGCAAAUUCAAGCAGCGCGCAAGUCAAUCCACCUUCGUUCCAAUUAACUAAUUCUCCUCCUCUUGCUCCUGGUACUAUUUCCUCGUUAAAAUUUGUCUCGGGCCCAAAUAUACCAGCCCAAGGGUCAGGUAUGCAUUUCCACGUUUAUACAUCCGGAACUCUUCUCGAUUUUGUCACUCCUGCAGCAACUAUUACACCACAAGAAUGCUCUUUGUCAUCUCUGGAAUUGGAUACUCUGCGCUGGCAAAAGCUAGCGGAGGGUCGAGAUAUUUUCAGACCAGGUUAUAGAUGGCACUAUUGCACUAUGAAUGAUGAAGGUACAAAGGCUUGGCUUCUUGGCUGCCCAACAGAUCCCACAGCAACAGAUCUAGGUCCUGGUGGCUUCGAAGAAUAUCUCAGUGACAUAAUGGAAAUUGAUCUUCGUCGCUAUGGUUUGCUUGGCAACGGGUUAAAUCCAGAACCUCGAGAAGAGUCUUCACGAUUAUCAUCCUCCGGUAGGAUGAAAGUCGAAACCUCGAAAGGUCUUGGAAUGGACCUGGCUAAGGUUUUCAAUCAAACACCGGAAAGUGGUAGUGGAGCAGAUUUUAUAAUAACUGCCCUCAAAGAUGAUGAAUGGGAUGAUGAUGAUUCAAGCUCCAGAGGUUCCAUCAAUCAACUUCAGCAAAACUGGUUGGCUCCUGAUGCUCCAACAUCUCCUCCAAUCCACGUUCACAAGCUCAUUCUCCAAGCCCGGUGGCCCCACUUUGCACGCUUAUACAAUGCACAGAUGGCUGAAUUUCAUACAAAGAGGAUGCACAUACCAGAGCCCUAUACCGUCGUCAAGGCAUUUCUCUACUAUCUCUAUACUGACAGUAUUCAUCCAGAUGACUGCGCGGAACUAGAUGAUGUUGCAGGACUUUUGGUUAUGUCAAACAUCUACAAUAUUCCACAUCUUAGAUUGCUAUGUGUUAAUCGCCUGUCGAAGGAAUUAGAUGUCGACCACGCUUGUAUUAUCUGGCACUCCGCUGGUAUAGCCAAUGAAGAGUGGUUACGCAGACGUGCUGCCAGUUUCUGUCUCACGCAUUGGGGUAGAGUUGUUCGCACACCUGGAUUUCUCAGACUGCCACGCCAAGCUUUGGUUGAAUUAUCUCAAGAAAUCGAUAUGGAAGGUCGAGUUGUAGGAGGCGAAGAAUUAGAAUAUGUUGGAGGACUAGGUGGCUCUCGUUUUGGUGUGGGUGGUGUGAUUAGAAAGAUGAGCGUCAGUAGUAGUCAUACUCAAGGUGUAGGCUCGGAGGUUGACGACAACGAAGAAAUGGAAAUGAAUUAA